AUGAAGGGGUUCGUGCUUGUCUACCUCGCAGCCCUUUUCUGUGGGGCGUGGUUAGUGACUUCUACACCCUUGGAUGAUUACGUCAACAAACCCGACAGUAAUUAUAAAUGGUCCAAGACCAACUGGACUUUCAGAGCGAAUGGUGCUACUUUAUAUUUGUUGAAUUUCACUUCACAGAAAUGGCUCACAGAAGAGGAUGUUGACAAACCAUAUUGGUUUCACUACAUGGUAGUAGCUGUUCCUGAUAAACUUACCCAUCCUGAACACGGUCUCAUGUACAUUUCCUAUGGAAGUAAUGGUCCCACAUUUACCCCCGAUGUAGGCGAUGAAUUUGUGACCUUUAUCACAUUAAUGGCGGUCAGUACUGGAACAAUCUGUGCCAACCUUCAUCAAAUACCAAAUCAACCUCUAGUCUUCAAGAAAGAUCCUACUCAGAUGAGUCGACAUGAAGACGCAGUGAUCGCAUGGACGUGGAAGGUGUUUGUUGAAGAUGAACCUAAACGACCAGAAUGGUUGCUCCGACUUCCUAUGACCAAGGGAGCCGUGAGGGGUAUGGACACCAUAGCAGCCUUUGCAAAAACCAUCUAUCCACAAUCGAAUAUCGACAAAUUUCUGGUGUGUGGUGAGUCGAAGAGAGGAUGGACCACGUGGACAACAGCUGCUGUAGAUAAACGAGUUAUAGCUAUUGCUCCCAUGGUUAUGGACCUCCUGAAUUUAAGAAAGAAUCUUCAUCAUCAUUACCGAUCUCUGGGAGGUUGGACAUUUGCUUUCAGUGAUUAUUAUGCACUGAACUUCACAAGACAGCUGGAUAAUCCACAAACUCAAGUCAUGGCAGAUAUUAUAGACCCUCUUGCAUAUAAAGACAGAUUGACAAUGCCUAAAUAUAUCAUAACAACUGGAGGGGACGAGUUCUUUAUACCAGAUGAUUCUUAUUACUAUUGGGGCAUGCUCCCUGGUGAAACCUAUCUCAGAGUUCUCCCCAACGCCGAGCAUAGUUUAACCUUUCACAGAAUUCAGUUAUUUUUCGGCGUUCGAUCAUUUUACCUCAGUGCAAUUCAGCAAAAACCAAUGCCAAAGUUUACAUGGAAAAGAGAAUUUACUCAUGAUGGUGGUAAAAUAACAGUAACCACGGAGACUAAACCAAAAACUAUCGAGUGUUAUUACGCCAGAACUUUGGACAGUAAAAGACGAGAUUUUCGACUUGCUGCAGCGGAUCCCAAUAAUCCGAAAGGAUUUGUACCGCAACCUAUAAUCUGGUUGAAGGCACCAGUCACAAACCCUAUGGUUGGGUUGUAUGAAGUUUAUUUUGAUAAUCCACCUACAGGCUGGUUGGGAUUUUUUAUCCAGUUAAGUUUUAAUGGACUGGAUGCCGACAGCGAUUUUAUGUUUACAACUCAAACUCAGAUUAUUCCAAAUUACUUCCCUUUUCCUGAUUGUCAGGGUGCCGACUGUUUGGGAACUUUGGUAUAAAACGAAAAAUGGGUAAAAUGAUAAAAAAAAAAUAUCAAAAUUC